AUGGAGCUCACUGAGCAUUCAAGCCAGUCUCAGAUAGACGAGAAGGCUGUUGCACACAUUGCUCACAAGAACAAUUCCGAUCCCAAUUGCAGCCAUCUCGAGAAUGUUACCCCGAAUAACGAAGCAGAUGAAGCUCUGGAAUCGGAGGUCAAGUAUCCGAUGACGUUCCGCCGGUUCAUGGGAUUCACAGCCAUGGCUUUUCUGUGGACUGGAAGCCAGAUUCCCGUCUAUUUACUCGGUGGUAUCCCGCCUUAUAUCUACGGCGACAUUGGGGGUGUUGAUCGAUGGGUGUGGUUUGUAGGUGUCCCGAUCUCCUAUGAUACCAGUGGGACAAAACUGAACAUCACGCAGGUUCUGGCAAAUUUGUUGGCCCUUGCCGGUGUCUGCCCUUUUGUCGGGUCACUUUCAGACUUAAUCGGCCGUCGAUAUGUCGCCAUCAUUGGUGCUUCGCUUGUCGUCAUCGGGAUGAUCGUAUGCACCACGGCGAAAACCAUGAACAUUUUCAUCGGCGGCAUGGCAAUUGCCGGUGCCGGCGCCGGCGUCAACGAACUGACAGCAUUGGCGGCGACCUCUGAAAUGGCCCCGACCAGAAAACGUGGUAAAUAUGUUGCCAUAUUGAUCUUCACUAUCGCGCCGUUUGCGCCCUCGGUCAUGUGGGCUCAACUUAUCGCAUCCAGCAGCCACUGGCGGAAUGUCGGUGCAUUUUGUGCUGCCUGGAGUGGCUUCGGACUGCUCAUCACGAUUUUGUUUUACUUUCCACCCCCCAGAGUCAACUCACAAGGCUUGACUAGGUGGGAGAUUGUCAGCCGAGUCGACUAUGUUGGUGGCUUCCUGAGCAUUGUCGGCUUGAUUCUUCUCAUGGCUGGGAUGCAAUGGGGCGGCUAUCAGUAUCCCUGGAGCUCAGCCCAUGUACUUGCUCCUCUUAUCCUCGGAGUCGUCUUCCUAAUCGCCUUCGCUUUCUGGGAGAUCUACGGCACAAAAUACCCCAUCUUCCCCAGCCGGCUCAAGCAGGAACCACGCACACUGGGCAUGACACUCGUGAUCACAUUCAUCUCAGGCGCCAACUUCUUCUCUGUGAUUAUGUUCUGGCCCACCCAGUCCGAAAAUGUCUACGGACAUGACCCCGUUGCAGUCGGCAUCAGAAGUAUCCCUAUCGGAUUCGGAAUCAUGUGUGGCGCCUGUAUUGUUCUGUGGCUGCUCAGUGUUUUCCGGGGUCACAACAAGGAGCUAUUGAUUGUUAGCAGUAUCCUUAUGACAGCUGGUUGCGGCGCGAUGUCUGUCGCCAAGAUUGAUAACCUCUACCAACUUUGGGGCAUCCUCACGGUGGCUGGCCUGGGUAUAGGAGGAAUUGUCGUUCCAGCGUCUAUCAUAACUACCAUUAUUUGCCCCGAUGUGAGCAACUACGUCCCCAUCGCCAUCCCCAAGAAACACACCGUACUUACCAUGACCCUAGGACUUGAUCGCAACCAUCUCGGCCCUCACCCUAUCCAUCCGUGUCGUGGGAGGCAGCAUCGGCUACUGCAUCUACUACAACAUCUUCCUUUCCAAAUUCGUCCCGAACGCCGAGCAUUACAUCGGCGGCGUCAUGAUGACACAGCUCAACAUCACAGACCCCAAGUACAUCGCGACAGCCAUCCAGAUCACCGCCAGCUCGUUGCUGGAAAGUCUGCGCGAGAUCCCCGGCAUCGGCACCAACGAUACCGCCUACGAAGCUCUUGUGACGGCCGGGCAGAUCGCCUACGCGGAGAGCUAUAA